GCUAUCUAACAACAGUCAAUCAAUUGUCAGUAAUUUGUCGCGUGUCCCCGCGCCCGGAGUAGAUAUAACUACUUGAUUAUGUCACGUUCCCAGCAAUGAUACAUCAUAUUUUGCAUCGAACUUGCGUUUCAAACGAUAUAUAAUUCCGCACUCGAAAUUUCAAGGUUGACUCUUCGACGAAAUCUUAUCAAUUUUACUUGAUUCUCAUUCUGUUUUUUCCUAGUUAACAGACAUCUAUUGAUAUUUUACUAAAUGCAAAUGGAGAAGGGACUAAGUAGUAAAGCAGUUACAGCCAUUGCUUCUGUUUUCCUUGGCUGUUGCAGCAACGUCGUUUUUCUCGAGCUCCUUGUCAAAGAUGAUCCAGGAAGCGGGAAUCUUAUCACGUUCUCUCAAUUUCUUUUUAUAUCUCUGGAAGGAUUUAUCUUUACCUCAAAAUGUGGGACUGUGAAACCUAAGAUCGGUAUCAAGGAUUAUUUCCUAUUAGUGACAAUGUUCUUUAUUGCAAACGUCUGCAACAAUUACGCAUUCGAUUUUAACAUUCCCAUGCCUUUGCACAUGAUAUUCAGAGCUGGUUCUCUGAUAGCGAAUAUGGUGAUGAGUAUAAUGAUCCUGAAGAAGAGCUAUGCGUUCAGCAAGUACCUCUCGGUGUUCAUGAUCACCAUGGGUAUAGCGAUCUGCACUGUGGUUAGCAGUAAAGAGAUUAAGUCGAUCCAGUCGAAGAACGCUGAGCAAAAGGUGACGACACCUUGGGACGAUUUCUUCUGGUGGGCGCUAGGAAUCGCGCUGCUGACCGUGGCUUUGUUCGUCAGUGCCAGAAUGGGCAUUUAUCAGGAGGUGUUGCAUAAGAAAUAUGGGAAACAGCCUAAGGAGGCUUUGUAUUACACGCAUUUACUACCGUUGCCAUUCUUCCUGACCCUGGCUCCGAACAUUUGGGAGCACUUGAAGUACGCCGUAGCUUCAGACCCGUUAAGCAUCGUCCAUUUCCAAGUGCCGAAGCUGAUUGUCUACCUCAUAGGCAAUAUUCUUUCCCAGUACCUGUGCAUCAGCUCGGUUUUUGUGCUGACGUCGGAGUGCAGCUCGCUAACGGUGACCCUCGUGAUAACCCUGAGGAAGUUCCUAUCGCUGAUCUUCUCGAUAAUAUACUUUCAAAACCCUUUUACCAUUUACCAUUGGACAGGAACUGUUUUAGUAUUCGUCGGCACGAUGAUAUUCACCGAGAUAUUCACCAAGGUUGCAGAUAGCUUGAAGCCUGUACAAAAAGAUGCUAAGAAGGUUCAAUAAUGAAGAGGAAGUGAUCAGUGAAUUGUUGUUGUUGUUAUUAUUAUUAUUAAUAUGUAUUGUGAAUUUGCAAUUUUAUAAAUAAGACAUGAAUAACGAUUCUUAUUGCUUAAGCGCACGAGUGAGAAAUUCAGGAAGAUAUAAAGAAAUGAUAAGUGAUUACAGUUUAUUGUUAUUUAUGAAUGUUUAUAAACUUUCUUAAUAACGAA